AUGUUUAACAUCUCCCACAGGGAAACCAGACGCGCAUCCGAAAACCGACGCCGACUUGUUAUUAUUGCGGUCGCCGUCACAGUGACAUUUGUACUGAUCGUCGGGGCCAUCGUCGGCGCCGUCAUCGCGUCUGCUGUUGCUGAAGAUGGAAACGAUCAGCCCAUAGAAUAUGUGGAAAUCGAUGUUACAAAGGACAUCAAAACCGAAGUGACGUUGGUCGGGAAAGAGUUUGAUGUAGAUUACCUCAACAUGUCAUCUGACAAGUCCUUGAAAGCCGCUGCCGACCUUGAGAAAAUGUAUGAUGACAAGUUCACUGACAGUGAAUAUAAGGACAUGUAUGUUGGAACCACCGUCCUUGGAUUUCGGAACGGAAGUCUGAUUGCCGAUGUCAAAUCGGAAUUCAAAAAGAAGGUAAAGAUCGAAAAGAAAAGACCGGCGGAUACAACGUCUGAAACCACGACACAAGCCAAAGUCGAACUGAGCGCAGAAGACAUGGGACUGAAAAUAGAAGUUGUUAUAAGUAUCAUCGAGAAGAUACCAGACAUAAAGCCUAAUGCUUUUUCAGAUUUUAUUUUAGAGGAAGACGAAUGUGACUCCAGCCCGUGUCAAAAUUCCGGAACAUGUGAAGACCGCAUCAACCGAUAUGUGUGCCUUUGUCCACCUGGCUAUUCUGGGAUCAACUGUGAAACAGACAUUGACGAGUGUGACAAUUUCCCGUGCAAGCUCGAAGGUAUCUGUAAGGACUCGGUGAACAACUACACGUGUACGUGUCAGCGCGGUACAACCGGCAGGAACUGCGAAAUAAAUAUUGACGACUGCGCCUCCCGCCCCUGUAUGCAUGGCAACUGUACGGAUAAAGUAGCAGGGUUUACAUGCUCUUGCUACCCUGGAUAUUCCGGCUCAACUUGCCAAACUGACAUUGACGACUGUGUCGGUGUUGUGUGCCAAAAUGGAGGCACAUGUAGGGAUAUGAUCAAUGGCUUCAUCUGCAGCUGUGCACAUGGCUUUGUGGGUCUUAUGUGUGAAACUAGUAAGUACACACGGUGA